CAAGCAAAGGGAAGGGGCAGAAAGAGAGGAUAGAGAGAAUUCCAAGCAGGUUCCGCACUGUCAGCACAGAGCCCGACAUGGGGCUCGAUCUCACGAACCAUGAGAUCAUGACCUGAGCCAAAAUCAAGUUGGAUACUUAACUGACUGAGCCACCCAGGCGCCCCCCUACCAUGAGUUUUCUUAGGAACAUAUACUCUAUUAUCUCCUGCACUCUUAUACUAUUUCCUAUUCAGUCAGAAAUUAUAAAAACAGAUCCCAAAACAGUGUUCACCUGAGGAUUAAGUUCUGUGUGCCCCUAAGAGAUGGUGCUAAAUGAUUAACUCCAAAUCCUCCUUAUUCUUGCAUUUAAGAAUAAACCUGAAAACUUAAGAAGUCUGAAUUUUAAGCAAUAUUAAGGAAACAUUUAAACAUUGUGUUUGUUUGUUUUUUAUUGAGAGGGCUUUAUAGGAAGCAAAGUUGUCUAGGAUAGGGGUCCCCAGUCAUAACAACCUUCAGAAGGUUAUCAAAUUAGCUUCCUGUUUUGAACUGGUAUCUUCCCCUUUUCCACUGACACUAGAAAUAUUCUCCUGAUUUUAGUUCUUAGAGUUCUCUGCCACCUCUGCUCAUCCUCAGAAUUGAGUUUGCAUGCCCUGGGCAUCUAAUAAAUGCUUGUUCAUGAGACCAGGAAGUUGAUGGUGGUCCAAAUGGAUUAUAGUGUUUCCAGUCCCAACAUUUAUAGAUAAUAUCUGUUGUGUCCCUGCCUUUGGGAAGAGAAGCUAACAUCUCCCCAGGGUUCCCACAGAUUUCCUACUGGGUACACCCUUAUUGGUCCUGUGUCAUCAUUUUCUGUAGGCAGAGUACAGGCAUCUUUCUCAAUGUAAAAAAAAAAAAAAAUCAGAAGGUCACUAUUUAUGACAUCCCAAUUAUUUCCACUUUUACUUGUCCCUAACCUUGGUUUUCUCCACACUUCUCUAGCUGAAGUGUAUAUGCUAUGUGUGGUCAGAUCUUUCUAUCUAUAUGCUGUCAAUCAUGGGCCAUUCUUGUUUCUACUUGAUUAGCUACAUUUUGUUGCCUCCUCCACAUUGGAAAACUGUUCAUAAUAAAACCAGCAAACAUUUACUAAGCAUUUACUUUGUGCACUGAGUACAAAUAUGAUCUUUAUCAUUUCAUAUGCACAAUAAUCUCAGGUACUCCAUCCCUGUUUUGCAGAUGAGGAAAUAGAGGCACAGGAAGAUACUUUAUUUCAUCUGUAAAACCUUUCCAUUAUACUUCUGUGAGGAGCAAAUACAUCCUAGAGCUUUGUCAUAAAUAAGGCUUAGUGUAAACGUUUCACUCUUGCCUGCUUUAUAACAAGACUCAAUGAAUGUUUUUUGAGGGGUGAAUAAAUAAAUGUUAUUACCUAGUGCAUCAUGUUUUCUAUAGGUAGAAUCCCCAGAACAAUGUAAGGUGUGAAUACACGAAGCACUGUGUCUGUAAGUCAGUAGUCACCCCCACCAAUAUAUUCUUGUUUCUUUCUUUUUCCUUCCCCUUUCCUCUGGAUUCCAGAAUCAAGAUGAUUGUCUGAUUGAAUAUCUUUAAAAGGUCGUGAUGAAUUAUUCUGUAAUAUUUGAAAUGUUAUACUCAGAAAGGUCAUGCUUUAUUUUUUGGUAAGAAGUACCACAUAGAUUUGUUUCUCCUGGGCACCAUUUCUUUUUUCAAAGAAAAGAUGGCAAGAGAUUUAGAGCAGGGUGCCCUCUUGAGGAAGUUUUAGCACCUUACUUCUCAAAAGCUGGCACUGGAUGACAUGAGAAAGCCAGAUGAAUGAUGCUCAAAUAAACAAAACAUUAAAAAGGAAGAGUAACCAAAUACCAGACAUCUGAGAAUUAAGAUUCUUAACUGUUAUGAUCUAGUAUAGCAACAUUAAGAAUUUGUAAACAAAAAGAGAAACCUCUGGAAGGUAUUUUUUUAAUUAAUUAAUUAAUUUUUUAAUUUACAUCCAAGUUAGUUAGCAUAUAGUGCAAUAAUGAUUUCAGCAGUAGAUUCCAGUGAUUCAUCACCUAGGUAUAACACCCAGUACUCAUCCCAACAAGUGUCUUCCUUAAUGCCCCUCACCCAUUUAGCCCAUCCCCCCACCCACUUUAUUUCCUCUCAUUUACUCAGUCCUUCAAGUAAUCACCUAUGUUGUGCCAGCAGCUAGCCAAACACCGUGCCCAGUAAAACACAGUCUCUGCCUUCAUGAGGCUUACAGCUCGUGAAGGAGAUCACAGGGAAGGGAAAUAAACAAAUAUAAGUAACUAAAAACUUAGCAAAGUACUAUGAAGGAAAUGGAAAGGUACUAGAAUGAAGCACAACAAAAUAAGUUCCAUUAGGGUGGUCAAGGAAAGCCUCUCUGAGAGGAAAUAAUUGAGCUGAGUCACUUUGCUUUUUGGUCCAUUCCAAGUCUGCCCAUCUAAUAUAGACAGCCUGAUGGACACUUUUUUAGCCUCUGAUUCUUAUCUGUGGCCCAGCCCUUGAGCUGAGUUGACUCCUGUCUCUGUCCCUGUGGGUAUGAGCAGGGAACCAUCAUCCUUCUGCACCUCAUUGUCUCCCUAGCUGGUCCCUUUGCCUUAGAGCCUCACAUUCAUCACAAUGGGGGGAGGGGCUGCUUAACUCAUAAAUAUUUUCUUACUAAUACUCAUAGCCACUCACGGUAGAAUAUCAAUACAUUAUAAUGCUAAAAAAACCACAUUUCCAACAAUAUUAAGGAUGUAGAGGAUCUCAGAAGAUGAAAAGGACAGAUAACCCUGACUGCCAUUCUGCUUUGAAUAGGGAGAGAUAAACAGGCAUGAAGCAGGCAGAGAACUUGACUAUGUCGUACAGUUUCGUUAUAUUGACUUUCAAAUAUCUGUGGUACCAAGCAAACUGAAGGCUCCAACCAGAAUUGGAAAUAUGGAACUAUAUCUCAGGAAGGAGCUCCAAAGAACAAUUUUUUGAGGGUUUUGUUUGGUUUCAAAGCUACCAUAUUACACACACACACAGUUGACCUGGAUCCCCACCAGUGGAUUGCUCUAACCCCUGUAGCUAAGCUGCUUUCUCUGAAUGGGUUGAUUCUACCAGAUUGGAGGGUUUAACUGCUGUGGAGAGUACUGCCUGCAAGUGGAUGGCCUCCAGUGACUUCUAGGUUGGUGUUUAGGUGACCAGAUGCGUCUGGGACCCAAACUCCGAACAAGAUUCAUCUCUCUCAGUUGUACCUCUACGUAACUCUGCAAGAAAACUAACCACCUACUUUAUACUUUAGUAACCUGAUGACCGUGAACAAAAUGUUCAACCACUGUGAAUCUCACCUCCCUCACCUGUAAAUUGGGAUUUUAAAUCUCUGAUCAUUUCGCAAGGGAAAUUAUCGUUUCAUGAAACUCUUACUUACACGCAGAGCAAACUGGAUGCAAAAGGAUCUGGAAGAGAUGACCCCUUUGCACUUGACCACUCGGCACAAGAGCCCCAAGUGUUUGGCGCUUCUGCUGAAGUUUAUGGCACCAGGAGAAGUGGAUACACAGGAUAAAAACAAGCAAACGGCUCUGCAUUGGAGUGCCUAUUACAAUAACCCGGAGCACGUGAAGCUGCUCAUCAAGCACGAUUCCAACAUCGGGAUCCCUGACGUCGAAGGCAAGAUCCCACUUCACUGGGCAGCUAACCACAAAGAUCCCAGUGCUGUUCAUACGGUGCGAUGCAUCCUGGACGCUGCUCCCACGGAGUCCUUACUGAACUGGCAAGACUACGAGGGUCGGACACCUCUUCACUUUGCGGUCGCUGAUGGGAAUGUGACAGUGGUUGAUGUCUUGACCUCAUAUGAAAGCUGCAAUAUAACGUCUUACGACAACUUAUUUCGAACCCCACUUCACUGGGCAGCUUUGCUAGGCCAUGCACAGAUUGUCCAUCUCCUUUUAGAAAGAAAUAAAUCUGGAACCAUCCCAUCCGACAGCCAAGGAGCAACACCCUUGCACUAUGCAGCUCAGAGUAACUUUGCCGAAACAGUUAAAGUAUUUUUAAAACAUCCUUCAGUGAAAGAUGAUUCAGACCUGGAAGGAAGAACAUCCUUUAUGUGGGCUGCUGGAAAAGGCAGUGAUGAUGUCCUUAGGACUAUGCUGAGUUUAAAAUCUGACAUUGAUAUUAACAUGGCAGACAAAUACGGAGGUACAGCAUUACAUGCCGCGGCCCUUUCUGGCCACGUCAGCACCGUGAAGUUAUUGUUGGAAAAUAACGCUCAAGUAGAUGCCACUGAUGUCAUGAAGCACACUCCACUUUUCCGAGCCUGUGAGAUGGGACACAAAGAUGUGAUCCAGACACUUAUUAAAGGUGGAGCAAGGGUAGAUCUAGUGGAUCAAGAUGGACACUCUCUCCUACAUUGGGCAGCACUGGGAGGAAAUGCUGAUGUUUGCCAGAUCUUGAUAGAAAAUAAGAUCAAUCCAAAUGUGCAAGAUUACGCGGGAAGAACCCCUCUGCAGUGCGCUGCCUAUGGCGGCUACAUCAACUGCAUGGCAGUGCUCAUGGAAAACAAUGCAGACCCUAACAUUCAAGACAAAGAGGGAAGAACAGCUUUGCACUGGUCCUGUAACAACGGAUAUCUUGAUGCCAUUAAAUUACUGUUAGACUUUGCUGCUUUUCCUAAUCAGAUGGAAAAUAAUGAAGAAAGGUACACUCCCCUUGACUAUGCCUUGCUUGGUGAGCGCCAUGAAGUGAUCCAGUUCAUGUUGGAGCACGGCGCCCUGUCCAUCGCAGCCAUACAAGACAUCGCUGCCUUCAAAAUCCAGGCGGUCUACAAAGGGUACAAGGUCAGAAAAGCUUUUCGAGAUCGGAAAAAUCUCCUCAUGAAGCACGAACAGUUGAGAAAAGAUGCUGCUGCCAAGAAGCGAGAGGAAGAAAACAAACGAAGAGAGGCAGAACAGCAGAAGGGAAGGCUGAGCCCAGAUUCCUGCAGAUCCCAAGCCCCUCCCUGUGUGCCCAGCACCCAGGCUGAGCCCCACAGGCAGAGCUGGACCCCCAGCAAACAGCAUCCCACCAGCAGCGCAGCCCAGGACCCUGAGGGGAGAGGCUGUCGAGGAUCUCCAGGCAGAGCCCCCCAGAGGGAGGCUGGGAACAGCCCCCCAGAUGUGCAGGGAACAGACCCCAGAAAGCCAAAUGAAUCAUCCAGAGAACACUCUAAAGGCCGAUCUGCCUGUGUCCACUUCAGCCCCAGUAAAGGCAAGGAUGGAAACAGGCAUCCGGGAGUCUCCUCUGUUGAGAAGUCCAGAGGUGAGACAGUUGGUGAGCGGCGGUGUGACAAGGGGAAAGGCUUCUUGAAGCAGCCCUCCUGUAUCAGGGCGGCUGGGCCUGAUGAGGAAGGAGAGGACCCCGGUUGGGCAGCUGCAAGCCUUCCACAGCAGGAUGGCCACCGGAAGCCCGGCAGGCGGCAGGACCCAGCACCCAAGGCCAGGUGUGCUUCCCAAAAAAGGCGCAUUCAAGAGCUCAGAGGAGGAAGGGGCUCCCCGGCUGGUUCUAGCCGGCCUGGCAGUGCCAAGGGGGAGGUGGUCCACGCUGGGCAGCAUCCUCUCCACCAUCGGACACCAAGAAACAAAGUGACACAGGACAAGCUCACAGGAGGGAUCUACUCAGAUUUGCCACAGAGCACAGAGGUGUUGAGGUCGGGAGUCAGGAAGCUGGGAACAUCUGCCCUGUCUGAGGACACCCAGCUAUCCAAGGAGACUGAUCCAGCACCUGGUCCCCUCUCUGGGCAGAGUGUCAAUAUUGACCUUCUCCCCGUAGAACUGCGGCUGCAGAUAAUCCAGAGAGAAAGGAGCAGGAAAGAGCUGUUUCGCAAGAAGAACAAGGCGGCUGCGGUCAUCCAGCGGGCCUGGAGAAGCUACCAGCUUAGGAAGCACCUGUCCCACCUUCUGCACAUGAAGCAGCUUGGAACCAGAGAUGUGGACAGAUGGAACCGAGAGUGCCUGGCAUUGCUGCUCCAAGUUUGGAGGAAAGAACUGGAACUCACCCCCCCAAAGACCACUGCAGUAAGCAGGACCACGAAGAGUCCAUCCAAGGGCAGCUCAGGCACAAAGUCCACCAGACACUUGGUACUCAAGCAAAUCUACGGUUGUUCUCAAGAAGGGAAAGUUCCUCAUCCCACAAGAUCUUCCAAAGCCCAUCCUGUGCUGCGUCUCAAUUCAGUGAGCAACUUGCAGUGUAUACACCUCCUUGAGAAUAGUGGAAGAUCAAAGAAUUUUUCUUAUAACCUGCAAUCAGCUACUCAAUCAAAAACCAAAACAAAGCUUCGACCACGUGUGGAGGAAGACCGUGUCCGGGGGAACUGGACUAGCUAGUGCAGAGUUCUAAUUCUCUGCUGAUUAACUUUUCCAUCUUGAGAAAAGUUUAAUAUUCAUGCCUCAAGCCUUAUUAGCCUGAAAACAUGGUAACAACUGAAUGACAAUGUCAGGAUGUUUUCUUUCUGCUCUUAUACAGCACUGUUAGCCUGUGCUACAACCACCACAGUAGACUAUACCCGUGCAAAACUUCCUAGCUGUCUGCCCUCCCUUCAGUCAGUACAGCUAUAAAGUAGAACACAUAAUUAACAGUAACGUCUAAGCCAAACUAAGAACAUGAGCACUAACAUGAGAUUUCUGCCAGCCAGCUGAUGCAAGCCUGGUUUUUUGGCUCCAGGGAAGAACCUACAUGAGAGGGGGAAGAGCCUGUCCUAUAGCAGCCAUUUUUAUCAGUUGGACCAGACCAUUCAUGCAUAACCUACCAAUUCACUUGUAUUUUCUGCCUGACCUAUAGGUGAGCAAGCUUGUCAAAAUGCCAUUCCUAUUGGCAGGGAAAACUGCUAAACCUACAUACAUUCAAGCUAGAAGAACACCUGGCAUAAAUUUCAGUGGUUAUAGGCUUUUUCACAUUUUUAAAAAAGUCUUAUUUAUAUUUGGGGUGCCUGGGUGGCUCAGUCGAUUAAGCAUCCAACUUCAGCUCAGGUCAUGAACUCAUGGUUCAUGGGUUCGAGCCCCCUGUUCUGACAGCUCAGAGCCUGGAGCCUGCUUUGAAUUCUGUGUCUCCCUCUCUUUGUUCCUCCCCUUUGGAUUCUCUCUCUUCUCAAAAAUAAAAAAAAAAUUGUUUUUGAGAGAGAGCGUAAGCAAGGAAAGGGGUGGGAGUGGAGUGGGAGGAAGGGACAGAGGAUUGGAAGCAGGCUCUGCGCAGACAGCAAGCUUGAUUCGGGGCUCAACCUCACAAGCUCCAAGAUCAUGACCUUAGCCGAAGUCGGAUACUCAACCAACUGAGCCACCCAAGUGCCCCAGUUUUUUCACAUUUUUAAGAGCAAAGCUACCAUAGGAAUGUAGACAGAAGGCAUAAACAGUGGCAUGUUAGGCCCAAAUAUUUGUAGCAGGAGCAUUUCCAUUUUCUUAAGAUUAUUGCCACCCGUCCUGACAGGUAGAGAUAAGCAGCAAUAAAGUGUUAGUUACCUUGAUUUUUGUUACAAUUUGCUAAUUAUUUCGUAAUUAUGAAAAUAGUUAAUCCUUGAACAACCAGGUUUGUGUGGGUCCUCUUAACAUGGAUUUUUUUCCAAUAAAUUAGUAUAUAGUAUCAAUAAAUAUA